AUCUCAAAUAUCAUUCAAAUUCGUCCCAAGUUGUUUUAUUACAUUAUUAAAUCCGAUGAAAUUUUGGCGAAGUUGAACGGGAAAACCAAUAUUUCCAAUCAAACACUCAAGUUUUACGUCAUCAUGAAACCGAUGUUGUGGAAGCAGCAUUGGUGUCAUGAACAACAACGAAAAACAAUGCCUUAUUCUUUUGCAAAGAAUUCAGGAAUGCGCAAGUAGGUUUCCGAUUCGAAUUUGCAAACACUUUCUUCGGCUCUUUUGCAUGUUUGUAAUGGCAUGCCAAUAAAAUUGAAUUGAAAGCAUUAUUAGACUUGUUAAAUGUUGAUCUCAAAUAUCAAUCAAAUUCGUCCCAAGUUGUUUUAUUACAUUAUUAAAUCCGAUGAAAUUUUGACAAAGUUGGACGGGAAAACAAACAAAUAUUUAGCAUCAAACACUAAAGUUUUACGUCAUCAUGAAACCAAUAUUGCGGAAGCAAUUGCAUCGUGCUUUGUUCCGCUUUAAAGCCUGCUUUGACAUGUCGAUGGCUGUAACCAAGGCUUCACAACAAACAAACAUCCAUAUGUGUCAAGAUAUAUAUGUUCCAUUGAAGAUGGAUAUCGCGUCGAAUUCUCAGGAUUUAGGGGAAAGAAACGGGUUAUGGAACAUAAUCAUGGCAGAGCAGCUCGCCAACCGGUGCCAAACAUACGAAGUACACCAAGUUUUAUUAUCUUCUUGGACACACCGCUUGGACAAGGAGCCACAAGCAAAGUAUAUGGAGGAAGACACAAGAAAUCUGGAAAACGGGUAGCAUGUAAAGUGCCGCACACACCGAACUUCUUCAGAAUGGGAACAGAUAUGGAGAGAGAAUCGCAGCUAUUGCUUGGACUGCGCGACAAGAACAUUGUCUGUCUGGAGGCUAUAGAAAAAGAUCAAAUCUCCAAAGAGAACAUACUUAUGAUGGAACUUUGUACCGGAGGCAGUCUCUACGAUGUGCUUGAAAAACCUGAAAAUGCCAAUGGUCUCGCCGAGAAAGUAUUCUUGCAAGUUCUUGCUGACAUUACUGCUGGCAUCAAGUACCUGCGUGACAACGGUGUAGCUCAUCGCGAUGUGAAGCCCGGGAACAUCAUGUGCUUCAAGGACGAGCAUGGUCAAACCAUCUACAAGCUCGCAGACUUUGGUGCUGCACGACAGCUUACGGACGAUGAAAACUUCACCAGCCUUCAUGGCACCGAAGAAUAUUUACAUCCUAAUGUCUUUGAAAGAGCAGUACUGAAGAAACCGGCAGCAUCGCCCUUCGAUGCUCGGAUCGAUCUCUGGAGCAUAGGGGCCACGCUCUAUCACCUGGCUACGGGUCAGUUGCCCUUCAGACCACAAGGAGGACGGAAAAACUCACGCAUGAUGUUUUACCUGACCACCAAGAAAGCCGAAGGGGUCAUCAGCGGGGUCCAGACUGGUCCUGGCGACCACGAGAUUACCUGGAGUCGGGAACUGCCAGAGACUUGCCGUCUCUCAGGAGGCCUGAGGAAGUUGCUAACACCCCUGCUGGCUGGCCUGCUGGAGUGUAAUCCCACCAAGGUAUUGUCCUUCCAACGGUUCUUUGAAGAAUCUCAGAAGAUCACCACCAAGACGGUCAUUGACGUAUUCUGGGUCUGUAACGCAUCCUUCCUGAAGAUCUAUUGUAGUCCCACUGAUGUGUUUGCCGAGUUUCAAGACCACAUCGCAUCGCAAACCAAGCUCCCAGCCAACAAACAGUCCAUCUUGUAUAACGGUGAUGCCUUCAAACCGGAUGGAACGUUCCCCGUCCAUCGGUAUCCCAUCACCUCCGAAGCCAACCCCAUCAUGCUGUGUAACAAGGAGCAGAUCCAUAUCCCCCAUCAGAUCACUCCUCCUUUUGUCGCUACUAUGCCUGUUCUUCGACCUAGAUUUUCUACACAGCUUGAUUACCCAAUAGCCAAGGGAGCUUUGGCCACGGGACAUAUCCUUCAGCUACGACAGAAGCUGAUACACAACAUGCAUCAGCUGUUUGAUUGGUACUUUGUAACAAUUUGUACUCGGUUGAAGAGAGACAUUCUGAGUUUGCAAGUUCAUCACAAGGGCAUUCAAGGGAAACUCUCUCUCAUGUCAAGGGAGUUACAAGACGGAAGACGGAUUGUUCGCCUCAUCGGGAAUCCUCAGGAAAGCCAUACCGUUGACAUCACCCACAGGCUUGAACGUAAACUUGAAGAAUGCAUUCAUGAGCACAUGCAGUAUGAGCUACAGAGCAAGGAGAUUGGUGAAAUACUUGAUCAUCUCCACGUAGAGGUACAUUUCAGUGAUGAUCUCGAUGUGAAUUGGGACCCCGCCCAGGGAUGCAAUCUUCAACAUGAAAAGUGUAUUGACGAGCUUUUAUAUUUGACCAAUGAAACUGAAGAUAUCUACAAGAGAUUCAGCAGAGACAAGAAGACUGGAAAGCUCUCCUACAAUGAGGAGCAAAUUCACAAGAUGGAAAAGUUGAAUCUUGGUGAGCUGAUGAAGAAGAUCAUGACUUGUAUCGGACAGUGCGAAGAAAGGUGGAGAGCGCAGCACAAAAAACUCAUGGUUUGCCACAACAAAGCCUACAGCCAACGUCAAAAGCUGAUGGAGGCAGACAAGUGUUUGGCCCCGCUCGUUCAUCAGUGUAAUGUCCUAGAACUUACUGUCAGUGAUCUUCAUGCCCAGUGCUGGCAGAUAGUGGAAGCCAAACCGACGAUCCGUGAUGUAAAGGCCCAUCGUGUUUACGAAGCUCCUAAAGAGAUUCUUCUCAGUGCCAGCACCCAGACCUCUCUCCCGAAAGAAGAGAUACCGUCCCAACGCACCAGUCUGUUGGUCGAUCACCACUAUGACCAACUGACCAAGGGUGGCAAGCCGCUUGUCAUGGGUAGAUCUAGCAAUGUCAUCCAAAAGACACCCUAUACAGCCGCAAUUGAUCGAUCAUCAUUUCAGUACCCAGAGCCUUACCAAACAGCAUCCGCUUUAUCGGCACCCACUUACGGAACGAGCCACUAUCGGUUCGAUGCCCCUUCUGGUUCGGCACGAUCGUCCCCACCUGUUCUGGUGGCCCGAGGUAUUUCAAGAAGUGCUCCCGAUCCACCGACUGAGUUGUACGCAGGGGAUCCAUCACGAGGAGCUAUGGGAGGAAUCCAGGAUUUGAGGUAUCCUGCAGGAGACCAUCGGAGAGCAGGAGAACCCAGGAUGAUCGAAGUCUCCAAGGAAUUGAAGAAGAAGGUCAGAGAUUACACAAAGGAGUCUAAUGAUACCGAUCGCCUACAGAGGGACCUUGCUCAAUUCACUCAGCUAGAACUGGAUGAUCUGUCCAUAGGAGCACCACCUGAGAUGCCUCCUCAGUUCACCGAGGAUUCCAGUCUUCUAGAUACCUUAACAGGAGGAAUGGAUGAAGGGGAUGAAAGCAUCUUGGCAGGUUUAGACAUCAAACGUCCUCCCGCAUCCUAUCUGUCGGGCACCGAGUGAGAAACGCUUGCAAAUCUGUUCCAGGAGAUCUGCACCGCACAUCGGCCGUAGUUUAGGAUUUGCGAGUGAUAUCUUUUACUCAUGGGGGUAAACUGUGACCGUGUGUUAAAAUUGAGAAAAUUUAAUAUCUAGAUAAUUUCACUCGCACACCACUAGGGGGACAUGAAAAAUAUGCUACGCCCUCUAGAUGGGCUUUAAAAAGCCCAUGACACCGACGACCAAGGACUGGGCCAAAUUGGAAGAGUGUGUUGGGGAAAAGAAUACACCUAUUUGGUGCUUUUUUUUUGCUAUUAGAGUAGAUAGACUGGACAGCUUUUCCUGGAAAGGCAUCAUGCUCCAGAGAAGAAGUGUUUUAAAUGAGAGACAACAAGGAUGGAUGAGCAUUGAACUAAAAUCGGCCUAAUCGGCCUGAAUAUUCACAAGAGGGUCAAAAGGGAUACCAAACCAUACACCAUGCAGAUUUUAUGCAUACUUCUGCUCCAUUUUGCACCCGUAGCAAAAAGUGCACACUUAUUUGCCGAGCUUUCUCAAUGUAUGCACUGAAUUAUAAAUGAAAUCUGGAUAGUCUAUGGUUUCCUGACCCUUUUGGUUCCAAACUUUUGUGAAUUCAGGCCGUUGAUUUUGUAGAUUUGAUGUCUCUUGGCUAGUAAACAAUAUUUUUUUAUAAGUUUGUUGUUGUUACUGCUGAAUGAUACAAGGUUGUUGGCAGGGAUUAGUAGUAUAGGCAAAACUGAAGCACCAAAAUAGUAUGUUUGCCCAGUAAUGAAGAUCUUGGGCAAAAAACCAAAGAUCUGUGAAGUCAAAUUAUGGAUCACGGUAAUGCACUGUUAACAGGAGCAUUACUCUACAAAUAAAUUUUGGUGUAGCAGCAAAUCACUAGAUAUAUACACAAGAUGUAGCAUAUGAUAAUUCAUUAUUUGUCAAUAUACGUUGCCAAUUUUUUGGCGAUGACAAUGUUCGUGAGAGGUCAUUCUUGCAUGAGGCUUGAUGGAAAAUCAGAUGCAUGUCUGUGAAGGUGAUUUGAUUUGCUGCAUUGGGGUGCCUGGCCAACAAGCUCCCCGUUGCUGCACCCUGGAUAUAAACACUGUUCCAUUCUCAUCCUAGUGUGUGUAUGGUUUUAAGUAAGGUGUAGGUG